AUGGCUUUAGAUACGGUUCCUAAAGAUUUACGAGGCUUGAGAGCCUGUCUAGUGUGUUCUUUGAUAAAGACAUUUGAUCAGUUCGAGUAUGAUGGCUGCGACAAUUGUGAUGAAUUUCUUCGUAUGAAGAAUAAUAAAGAUAAUGUAUAUGAUUGCACUAGUAAUAAUUUUGAUGGAAUGAUAGCAGUUAUGAGUCCUGAAGAUAGUUGGGUUUGCAAAUGGCAAAGAAUUAGUAGAUUUUGUAAAGGAGUGUAUGCUAUAUCAGUAUCUGGACGCUUGCCAGCAGGAGUUAUAAGAGAAAUGAAGAGCCGUGGUAUAGCUUACAGACCAAGGGAUACUAGCCAAAGA